UAUUAGUUUUUGGUCUAGUUGGCUCUGUUUCUCUCUCUCUUCUCUCUCUUGCUCACUGUUAAAGAACAAGAAGAGAAACAACACAGCAUCAACAAAACAUCAAAACCAGAAGAUCACCAACAUCACAGUGAAACUCAACACAGAGAAGAAGAUCAAGCAACCAAAGCAUUCAACUUCAAUCAACACCCCAAAACCCAGAAGCAGCAAACAGAGCAAAAAUGGCCAAGUUACUAUACUCUGUAGCAAUCCUCCUGAUCUGGGCCACACUCUUUCUCAUGGCUUCAUCAUCCACCAUUGAAGCUGGUGGAGACCUCUCAUGGAUACCCACCACCGUCUCCGGCUUAGUCUCCGACGAUGAGUUCGAGCUUGACUCAGAGAUCAACCGGCGCAUCUUAGCCACCAGCAAUUACAUCAGCUACGGUGCGCUGCAGAGGAACACAGUCCCCUGCUCCAGGCGCGGCGCUUCCUACUACAAUUGCAAGCCUGGGGCUCAGGCCAACCCGUAUAACCGCGGCUGCAGCGCCAUUACAAGAGAAUAGAAAGGUAACCCCAAGAGAGUUGAUAGGAAUAUGAGGUAGACUAAGACAUAAAGGAAGCUAACUACAGGGAAAAGGUGCAUUCUUGAGUUGUGAUGACAGUAAAGAUUUAAUUUUGAAUGGGAAAGGUAGAAUGUGAAGAUGAAUUUGAUCAAAU